GGGACCAACUGGGUUCCUUGUACGGACAAAGGCGGUUCUGCAGGACUACAGAUCAAAUAUCUACAGCAAGCCACCCAAGGACAAGAUUGGGCCUGGGGUAGGAACCAAAGCUCCUCUCUGUCCAACUUCUUUUUUGCAAUCAGAAAAAUAUUGUUUUGGAAGUGUCCCAUAUGGCAAUUGUUUCGUUAGGGCCAUGUUACCAAUUUCUUUAACUUUUGCGUUCUUUUUUUUGUUGGCUGCAAAUGUUUGAAAGUGUAUGGUAUCCUAUAUUACCAUUCAAUGUCAGAAUUGAGUGGUCAGGCUGGUCUAGGCAAAGCUCAUAGCAAUUGAACUAAAACAAAGUAAAUUCUGAGAAGUUGCUGCCCACUGAACUCCUAAAAUCACACGAAACUACAACACUACAACAAAGUUACAGUCUGAGGCAGCCAUAUCUUUAACACAUUCCAUUCCAUUCUCUAAUGUGGUGAAUUCAAGCGAAGGGGGUUUUCCAGCUGAAAGAGAAAUAUGUUAUAUUUAUUUAUUUAUUUUUAAAUUAUUUUUAUUUAAGUUAGUAGUGCCAAGCUUUCUCCUCUGAUAAUAAAUCUGAUGACAGAGUUGUGAGACAGAACCUAGUGCCGGUGCAGCCGUCCACUCAACUUUCCUCAGGGACAUCCACAGGGUUUUUUACUGAUAAUUUAUGGGUGUAGCUAUGAAGCCCAACAGUGCCAGGGGAGGAUGCUGUGGAGGCAGGGGGAUGGAGACUGUGCUAGGGAGACCAUGAUGUAAUAUAAUCACAGCAAAGGAUCAUGACCCUCUGGGGGGCAGGUCAAUUGGUCGGCCCAGCUGUAAACCUACAUACAGCAUGAAGGAGAGAGGGCUUGAUAAAUAGGAAGAGACAGAAAGUUGGUGUCUAUGAGAGAGAGAGAGAGAGAGAGGGGGAGAGAGAGAUGGGUUUUACACAAAUGCAUAAAAACUUGACCCAGGUAAUUAGUGUUAUUACGUGACCAAGGAGUUACAUUCAGCUGUUGCCUGUUGGCCAUUUGAUUCAGUAUUUCUGUACAGCAAUGUUUUAUAUUCUAAAUGUGUAUGUGGUUUCCUUGUUUCCCUCACAGCAAUCUCUCUUCACAAUUUCAGUGUUUGCGUUCGCUCUCCUGGCCCCGGCUGGAUGGAUCAUGCACUGUAUACCAGUUUACCGCCAAAGACCCCCUCCAGAACCCUG